GCGCGUGUAGUCAGCUCCCGGUAAGUUUCGAAUACGCUAGACUACGCUGCUUUACCUGGUACUGGCUUUGCAUGUUUGCAUUUUCAUUCAUGCAUUAACACUGACCUGAUAUCAGCGCUAACUUGUCACCGAUUUAAUGGUUUUGAGUGAGUUUAAUUCAGUGCGUCACCAUCGUAGGCCAUUUGCGUGUACCUAAGUGGCAUGCUUUAUUACUUACCAUUGGUCAUUCUUCAUUCAUAUUCACCUCGGGCUAAUGUUGGAAGCGGGCAGUAUCGAGUGCGUCUUCAUUGCUGCUGAAAUUCUUCAAAGUUAUGGCUUUACAGUUUGAAACUAUACGUGGUCGUCCUCCCUCUAUUCCCGCGGUUCUUGUGGCUUUUGAGCGAAGGAAUCACGCAGGAAUCACGUCCUGCCUUACGCAGCAUGUGACAUUACUUCCGUCCUCGCUAAGGUUUCACUUUACUUCAACAUAAAUUAACGUGUAAAAAAAAAAAAAAAGAUUCAACCUCGAAAUAGCAAAAUGUACGCUGACGCCAAAGGUUGCUGUGACAGUGGAGGUAAAGAGUGCAGGAUGCGUGCACGUUGUUUAGCUCAUGCUGUGGGCAGGCUUUCAUGUUUUCCUGAAACUGCCAAAUAUAGCUCCAAGCUGAUGGACCUAAUAUUUAAUCUGGCAAAUCCGAGUAGUGCACGCUAUCAGUAAUUUGCCCUCCUUAUUUCUUGCGUCUAUGGCAUGUUAGUCAUUACCUUCUGUACCCAAAUGUCACACGUGUUCAUCUUUAAACGUUUCCACUUUGUCCAUUCAUUCAUUCAUGUACUAUGAAAGCACUAUGCAGAAAAUGUUACUGAGAAGAAUCUGCUGUGUCACAAAUGUUCCCAGAGGCUAUAUGCGCGUUGAUUUACUUUUUAAAUGUAUCUAUUAAAAGUAUCUACAGUAGUUAUGCUACCUCCCUACAUAAUUCUCAGUGUAGUCAAUUACAAGUGAACUUUCUGGAACAGACAUUUCCCUUUUUGUUAAAGUCAAAACUAUAUUUUAUUUUUUCCCAUUUUUCUCUCUUUUUUAAACUUAAUAUGCUUUUAGAGCUUUCAAAUGCACAUCCAGUCCAUUAUAACCUAUAUGGACAUACCGCAUAAUGCAUGUGAAUAGAUUGAUUUCGCAAAAAGACAGAGAAGAUAGGCAUAGUAUUGUCAAACAAUUAUUCUCCUACCCUUCAAGCCGGCGUGGCCAAGAAGUAGAAGACUAUAAAUACGAUCUGUGAAAAGCAGAUAUUAAAGGUACUGUCAUGGAUUUCCCCAAAAAUAUACUGUCAGGAUUAAAGAUUUGGUAAGGCCACGUGACACACAGCAGUUAUGAAUAAGCUAAAUAAUAAAAAACAAAAGCACAUUUUGCCAUAUGCACCCCAAUAUAUAAUCCACCUGAAAUGCUUUGUUCCAUUGUAAACAGGUGGGAGGGGGCAACAGCUGGGCUCAAAAUGGAUUUACCACACAAAACAAUUUUAACACAGAACUUGUUUAAACUCGUUGGGGGGUAGCAUCUUUCACUCUGUCUAAGAUUAGAUCUCUGCAAUGAUGAUUUUUUUUUCUAAUGCAGCCAGGUCAAAGGUUAACUCUGUAAUUUGUAGCAUUUCAGGUCACGCACCCAACUUAUUUGGAAUUGUUGCAAACAAAUCUCCUUAUAUAACAAAACAUGGCAAAAACUGUGGGGAAAAAACUACUUGCACAAUCGAUUCCCACAGUUUUGUUUUGUUUUUUUACUGCAACCUUAACCAAUGCUCCACUUCCUAACCAAUUGGGUUUGGUUUGUUGAGUUUUUUGUUUUUUUUUGUUUUUGUUUUGUUUUUUUUGAGGAUGAAUUGCAGAAACACUUAAAAGAAAAAGGGAUGAAUUUCUUGCAAACUCUUUCACUUGACUCUAUUUUGACAGUGGCGCUGCCUGUUACCAGUAAGAGUUUAUCUAGCCCCAGUAAUAGUGUUUUUCUGGCUUUUUUAAAGUAAAGGAAAAUAUGUGUGGGUGCACGUGUCUGCUACAGUGGUGGAAUUGACACUAAUUAAAGACAUCCAUCAGAUUAUGACAGUGUUGCCAGGCAGCAAUGCAUCGUGGGACCUCACCAGUGCAUCCAAGACAGCAAUCAAAGACGCUGAUGAUGUUCCGCAGCAAGAUUCAUCUUGUUUCUGUUGAUUCACUGACAAACUAUGUGUGGGAUAAACCGAGACACACAAUGUCAUAUGUUUUUAAAUCAUUACGUUUCCGUCAAUAAAGUUGCUUAAAGUCGUCGCCUGCAGUCAGCUGCAAGUCGAAGCGUUUCAUUUUACGAAUCCUUCAUUUACAUUAAGGUUGCACAUCAAGCACUGCAGCAAGUGCAUUAAGGACUUCGGGUGUUUGUUGUGGCUACAAUGACGUUCUUACUGCUUGAGGAAUGCAGUCAAGUAUUUCAUGCAUGCUGGACAGGAUUUAUUUACUGUCCUUUUAGACACCUGCACCCAACUAGACCAAAUCACUUCCUUCUUACGGGAAAUUGUUUACUGGUAAAAUGGAAAAAAGCUAAUCAAGCGUGAUUCAGGCCUUCAAGGAUCUUGGAGCAAAGAUAAAGCUGUCUUAGAAAAAUACAAAGGUGGCAGCUUUUGUGAGUAAAUAAUAGUGUGAGAAUAAGAAAAGAGUUAUAUAAAUGUUAACGAAAAUACUCCUCAGGAUUAGCGAGUUUUAAUUUAAAAAAAAAAAUUUUUGCAAUUAGUUUUUCAUGCUGAUGUCUUAGAGUACAAUGAAAAAUAUCAACAAGCGUAGUGGGGGAGUUUCAAAGUGUUGCACUCAAGGCCUUUGCAAAAAAAGUGCAUAAAAUGCAAGCUCUUGUUCUUACAAUACUGCAUGUGGCUUAAUGUGCUUAAAGUGUGCUGUUGAAAUCUGCCUCGUAAAAAGGGGUAGGUUAGUCACUAGAAGUAAUUAAUCACGUUCUUCUUAAAAAAAUAUUUCCACACCUGUCAGAUCUGCGGGGAGAUAGUGGCUUUUUCUCUGUGUUGUCGUUUACCUGAUUUGGAUCAUCAAAGGUCCACACCAGUGUUUUUGCUUGUUUUAGCUCACUUCACAGCAUGCACUGUAUGCUGACCUUGAUAGAUUUGCUUUAUUGUACGAUGUGCAUAUUUUUGGCAUCACAUCACUGAAGUAUAAAGCGUCCGUGGGAAAGCUAAGGGAACACUGUGAUCCUUUUGCUGAAGUUCACGUGUGGCCUUGCCCAGAUGAAAGAAUGGAUGUGUCACACACUGUCAGUCACCAAACAGAAACCAGGUGGAGUAAGGAACGUUGCAUUCUCCAUGUUUAGGUAAAUAAAAUUUUCAAUUUUUAUUCAGCAUUGUUAGCAAACAUAAGGCUUAAGGUAACCUCUGAGUCUGGUAGUUAGAUUGUUGCUUUAUUAUUUUCUUGUCAGAUUUUGGGGAUCAUUUUGAUUGUGUUUCCUCUUUAAUUGUAACGCAUAUUUUUAAAAAUGCAAUAAGGCUGCAUGCUAAUUGGACCUAAUGCUUUUGCUUUUGUCUCUCAUGACGUGUACAUGCGAAUAUUACGUGACCUGUUGCAUGCAAUCUUAUCUAAUCAUUCUGUGUUUAUGCCGCUAUCCCCCCUCUGACAACUAUUGAUGAAUUGCUGUAGUUACUGCACCAUUAAACAAAUUUAAUGUAAACAUCAGAGUCAUUUAUUCCAUUUUGCUCUUUAUUGCAGUCUCAGUCUCUUUUUGCAUGCAUACCCGCAUGUACUGUGGCCAGUUUUCACAGUGAAAGACUGACACGAGGGUGUGACUUUCACACACAUCCUGGAAUACACGGUUGCUUAAUAUUCCUAAAUGAAAACCGAUUACUGACAGCAUUUCUUGUAAAACUGUGUCGCAACACAUUUUAUGAAUGAAAGUGCAGACAGACUAUAGAGUUGUGAUUUUUUCUUUUUUUAAAAAAAGAAAAGGAAAAAAAAGAAGAGAGAACUAAAAACAGGAACUUGGUUUAACUUGUCUGAAAGACUCAUCUUGUGGGGUUUUCUGUUACCGUAUGCUACAUUUUUACAUCCUCCGUUUUAGGGAAGUUCUUUGAUUAUAGCACUCUCACUAACCGAGGCAACUCUUUGCUUCUUCAGUUCUCCAGCAAAACAGUAACAAGAAAAAACACGAGUUAGAAUUCUAGGGCCAUUAUUUUACAGAUUACAUGAAAGUGUGUAAUGCAUUUGUGUAGAGUUUAUGUGUCACUUGUAAAGAGUGCAGAGAGUGCUAGAAAUGUGUGACAUGACAAUGAACACGCAUGUUAAAACCGGUUCCAGCCGCCUUCACAUGGGUAAUAAAUUAAAAUCAUAAUUAAUAGAAAGUGUCUUACUUUUAGCUGCACAUCAAACAGCUCGCUGUGCAUGUGUCAGGAUUAUUUAGGUUUAUUGUAGCCCUAUACAUAUAAACAAGGUUAAGGUAAUAUGUAUGGAACUUUUUAGUAUUUCAUAUUAUAUUCAUUUUACAAAACUCAAAUUAUUAUUAUUAUUAUUGUUGUUGUUGUUGUUGUUAUUUUAAUAAUUUUAAAAGUAUAUUCACAAAUAUUGCCGUGAAUAUUACUCAGUCCUUUGUUAGAAGUAAAUAGAGACAUGUUGGCAUAUUUCUUUCUUUUUUUCAUUUUAUUAAUGCUCCCAUCUACAUUUUAGACAUACAGAUGGGAAAUAUGUCUCGGUUCUGAUUCACCUCUCGGACUCUCUUCCUUUCUCUCCUUUUUCUAGCCUUCUUUGUUUGUGUCUGUUAUGAUCAGUAUUACUGUAGGUGGACUGCUACUGUUGCUACUUCUGGACUCGCCCUGUGGUCUCAGCAGGCAGACAAGAUUUUUUGGCACGACAUCCUGGGUUGUGGGUUGUGGCCACUUGUCCCCUGAAACCUCUGUCAUAGUUUUCAGCAAUACUGGACAUCCUGCUUCUUUUAAUGCAUUACUUGCUCAGUAGGAAGAGAAGAAAACAAAAGCCCUCCACGGGAAAACAGUGUACAGGUAACAUGCAGAGGGUGCUAGUUGGAUUCUGGUUACCUGACCUGGUCCUGCCAGGCCUGCACUCGCUGAGGCCUGUAAUAUGGAGAGAUCAGAUGGAUUAUCUGUUCUCUCUAUAUUGCAGUUUUUCAUUAAUGUAAUGAAUAAGUUGUUAUUGAUAUCGUUGUUGUCAUAGCAAAAAUACCAGAAAUACCACACACACCCAGACACACACUUGCAAACACACACACACACACGUAAACAACUUCAGCUUAACAGCACAGCUGCAUCCACAGUGGUUUAGUCUGUAGUUUUGUCAACGUUCUUUUUUUUCUUCUAUGAUCUAUGUGCAGAUUUGUUUCUCGUAUGUAUUUGAUGCCACAUGAGAAUAUUUCCUGAUGAUAGUGGUGGAGAGUCGAUCCAAAAUCCCUCACAGGUUUUCGGUUGUGUUCCAGACAAAUCCAGUGACAUCACAUCGUUUUCAUACUGGCAAUGGGAGCGUUUACAUUCAAGAGAACACCCGCAUCAGGAUAAAAGCAUGCCUCCAAACUGCAUAGCAGAGUCACUGAAUCACCAGGCUUCAGAUUUUCCUUUUAUUUGUCACCUAUCUUCAAACACUAGAGAGGGAGCAGCAAAUGGGCUGAACAAUACAAUUAAUGCUUGUGCACUACUUUAGACACACCGCUGGCAUCAUCUCGGCCUGUUUACUUCCAACUUAAGUCUCAUCUCUAAAUUUCUUCACUUAAGUCCCCUCAUCCUGCUUUCUUCACUUCUGCAGUGUGCUAAAUACAUGCUCCACCUCGGUCUUCAGGAUCCCCUUCAGGUCUGUGUUCUUUCAGCUCUAAAGAGGCGGAUGGGCAGGGACCAAUCCGUGUCAUCAUCUUCUUAAGGAAGUCAUUGCAGUUUUUUCGUAGCCAACUUCAAGAACGUGAUGCCAAACUUGUCCUUCUCGUAACUCAGCACAGACUAUGUGAGUUCUUUUCCAAGAUCAGCAAGAAGAGGGCACGCUGUUUGGUUUUAGUUCCAAUAAAGCUGUUUCCUUGUACCUCAUAGUCCAUUUGAAUAAAACCUGUUUGUCUCUGAGCUUCCCGUGCAUUAAUAAAGUCAGGCAUUGUUAAAACACUGUGGGGUGUUUUCUCUCCCAACAAAUGCUGGUGGGUUACUUUGGUCACAUUUUUGACCGAAUAAAAGACAAUAAUGAGCAAUGACUGGCAUUGGAUACAUGGUUUAAAAUAUGCGUGUUUGAUGGUAACUGUGAGAGUCCACUGUAGGUGAAGUGUAUUUCAACACAGGGCAAAUCAGCACUUCCUGCAACGAGUGGACUUUAACACACUUCACGGGCAUGCCAGGGACAUGACUGUACACUGUGGCACACCACCCAAAAAAAAGAAGAAGAAAGAAUUAUGCAAUAAUUAUGUAAAACAUCUCUAGGGACACAACCGUGGUAAAUAUUUUCCAUGUAAUUGACAAACUACUUCUAAGCCUCUGUUAACAGAGCCAGCAUGGCCUUUAAGCUGCAAACGUAAUGCUUAAAGCAAUGUCAUUCCUUCAAUCCACAGCUGGCCACUCAAUCAGCUUAUUUAAUCCUCCAAAAUAUGAAUCUGUUUAAAUUUGCAACAUUAACACGUGUCGUUAUCUUUCACAAAUCUAUAUCAGAGACGUAAACAUUUGAAUAUGAAUGGUUUUUAACUUAUUUGGGUGACAAACAAGUUCACUGGCUCCACCUAGUGGUAAAUCUUUAAACCUGCAUUUCUGCGUUCCAUUCGUGAUCCUCUGGGAGCGGAAGUAAGAGGCAGAAGACAAACUGAACUCACCCUAUUCACCUUGUUUUUAUUUUUUUAUAUAUAUAUUUUUUAACUUCUCCAGCUUCACCAAAAUCGGUUUCUGGUCUUUAAACAGACUGGUAAGCAGCAGGCAGAGAUAUUCAGAAGAAUAAAGGCAAAUCUUUUGCAAUAUGUAAGAGAUUUUAGUGUUUAGCGUUUAAAUUCCAUUUUGGCUUACAGCAUGGGAUGAUAGUGCAACUUAGUUUUGCCCAUAUGUGCAAGAUGAAGACAACAAAUUCAAAACGAUUCCAUAUGGCGUUAGAGCGCAUAAAGAACACACAAAAAAGAAAAGCAUGCGAACAGGCAUAGGAAGUGAAAUAUUAAAACAUUUUGUGGUAACUUGACAAAAGUGGAACACAUAUGCAGACCAGUAGCUACAAUAGAAAGUUGAUCUAUGCUUUUAAUUAAACAUAGACUUGACUGAAGUUCAACAAAUAAAGUUGUUAAAAAUAUUAAAAUGGAUUGAAAAGAACAGAACAGUUUCCAGUAUUGAACUUCCCAACUCUGCCUGUUUAUGAUGACACCAGCUGCUGUCUGGGAGAAAUGUGGCUGUCUGCAGUGACGAGAGAACACCAUCAUCCCUGUCUUUCUGAUGUAGCUGCGAGAUGAAGCUAAUGAGAGCCUUGCACCCCCGCCCCAGCAUCCCGGCAAAUGGUUGUUCCAUCCCCGGCAACUCUGGACGCAGGACGCAGCGAAAAGGCUCACAGCUCCGUUCUGAUUUGAGCACACUGCGGAUUGACUUGAAAGAGGGGCGGACCAGGGACAGUAGGGAAACGAGGAGACGCCUGACAGUGGCCAGGAUCUCAUUUCGCCAUGCCAGUGCCGGAUCAGCCUGCAGAGCAGGAGAAGGGGGCCAUGGUUCCCCCUGUGAUGCCAUCCUCCAAUGGAGACAGAUCUGAGACAGAGACAACCUCCUCUAUCCUUGCCUCUGUCAAAGAGCAGGAGCUUCAGUUUGAGCGUCUGACCAGGGAACUUGAGGCUGAGCGUCAGAUUGUUGCCACCCAGCUGGAGAGAUGCAAGCUGGGAUCAGAAGCAGGCAGCAUGAGCAGCAUUAGUUCUUCGGAUGAGCAAUUUCGCUGGAACUCUCAAGCUGAUGGACAGAAAGAUAUUGAGGAUGAGUUGACAACAGGUCUGGAGUUGGUGGAUUCCUGCAUUCGCUCCCUUCAGGAAUCAGGAAUACUAGACAGUGGAGAACGACCGGCUCUUCUUUCCCAGAGUUCCUUGCAGCUCAACUCCACCCCGGAGGCUUCGCUCCAGUACUCUGCCAGCUACCAUAGCAACCAGACCCUCGCCCUAAGCGACAGCAUCUCUGCAGCAACUCCUCAGCGCAGCGGGCAAGUUGGAGGAGCUGUGCACAGCUACAACCAGGUGACAUCAAGCCGUGCAGCCCAGCAGCAACAAUCACAAACUGGGCCGGGGUCAGGUAUCUACUACUCCAGUGCCACCUUACCUGCCCAGGGUUCCCCUCUGUCAGGAGGGGGAGGCUCAGGGUCCGGUUCCCCCAGUAAACUUCAACGUCUGGGAUCAGCCUCUGAUGCACAAGGAUACGCUACCACUCAGCGUCUGCCUUCCUCUUCUUCCUCCUCUCCCAAACAGUCUCCUGCUAAUCGAUUGGCCAAAUCAUACAGCACCACAGUUGCUGUGACAACAGCAGGAGGGGGCGGUUCCCCUCUGAGGGUGGCAUCUCCACCUAAUUCCACAGCAGGAGGGGGAGGGGCCAGCUCCACAUCUUCCCCUCUUCACCAGAUGAGUUCAGGCAUAGGGAGCUAUGCAACUCUGUCUCCCAAACGACUAGCAGCUCAUCACGCUUCUGACCAGUACAAGAUCUCCCACGAACUCUACGCUACUGCUACACUGCAGAGACCUGGAAGUCUGGCAGGUUCUCGUGGCUCCUACAGUAGUCAGCAUAGUCAAGAGCCCCUUCGGCCUCUGGGGUCCCCAGAGCACCACAUAGAUCCGAUCUAUGAAGAACGUGUCUAUCACAACAAGGGCCCCAUGAGAAGCCUUAGCCAGAGCCAGGGCCCAGACUCAGGGCCCUACCGCAACAACACAGACCUGACCAUGCGUAUCCAUGAUCAGGUCCGUGACCUAAGUUAUGUCCUCUGUCCCUACUUUCCUGCCAUAGCACCCUCCUCCCCUGGUGUCGACUCCGCCCCUUUGCAGCGCACUGGAAGUCACGGCACAGGAACAGGAAACUACAACCGCGGCGGGACCAACAACUAUGCCACAGUGGGGCCAGGCUACACCUCGAGUGGCGGUAGCGGAGAUGUAUAUGGUUCAGAUCCCUAUGUGGCUGACCCCUACCGUACCCUGCAGUACUGCCCUUCAGUGGUGGAAUCACCCUACAGCAAGUCAGGACCAGCUCUGCCGCCCGAAGGCAGCCUGCAGCGUUCACCUUCUAUUGACUCUAUUCAAAAAGAUCCAAGAGAGUUUGGGUGGAGAGAUCCAGAGUUGCCAGAGGUGAUCCAGAUGUUACAGCACCAGUUCCCAUCGGUGCAGUCCAAUGCUGCAGCCUACCUACAGCAUCUCUGUUUUGGAGACAACAAGAUCAAAGCUGAGAUCCGCAGACAGGGAGGCAUCCAGCUGCUCGUUGAUCUACUGGACCACAGGAUGAGUGAGGUCCAUCGCAGCGCCUGCGGAGCCUUGAGAAACCUGGUGUAUGGCAAGGCCAAUGAUGAGAACAAAGUAACCCUGAAGAACUGCGGGGGGAUUCCUGCCUUGGUCCGCCUGCUGAGGAAGACCGGAGAUGUGGAAAUCAGAGAGCUAGUCACAGGUGUGCUUUGGAACCUGUCAUCAUGUGAUGCACUGAAGAUGCCAAUCAUCCAGGAUGCCUUGGCCGUUCUGACCAAUAGUGUCAUCAUACCCCACUCUAACUGGGACUCCUCCCCAAAUCACCAUGAUGACCGCAAGCUCCACAUCCAUACAUCCCAGGUGCUGCGCAAUGCUACAGGCUGUCUCAGGAACGUAAGCUCAGCAGGUGAGGAGGCGAGACGAAGGAUGAGGGAGUGUGAUGGGCUGACAGAUGCUCUGCUCUACGUUAUUCAGACCUCUCUGGGCAGCAAUGAGAUCGACAGCAAGACUGUGGAGAACUGUGUUUGCAUCCUGAGGAACCUGUCAUACCGACUGGCUGCUGAGACAUCUCAUGGUCAGCAAGGGGGGUUGGAAGAGCUGGAUGGCCUGCUUUGUGAUGCCAAUGGUCGCGAUGGAGAGAGCUCCGGUUGCUGGGGCAAGAAGAAAAAGAAAAAGAAGGGAGCUGACCAGUGGGAUGGCGUGGGCCCCUUUCCCGACACGGCGGAGCCCCCCAAAGGAGUUCAGAUGCUGUGGCACCCCACCAUCGUCAAGCCCUACCUCACCCUGCUGUCUGAAUGCUCCAAUCCUGACACUCUAGAGGGUGCAGCUGGGGCUCUGCAGAACCUGGCUGCAGGCAGCUGGAAGUGGUCAGUGUACAUCCGUGCUGCUGUCCGUAAGGAGAAAGGCCUUCCCAUCCUAGUGGAAUUAUUGAGGAUAGACAAUGACAAAGUCGUGUGCGCUGUCGCCACUGCUCUCAGAAAUAUGGCUUUGGACAUCAGGAACAAGGAGCUCAUUGGUAAAUAUGCAAUGAGAGAUUUGAUCCAUCGGUUACCAGGCAGCAGCAGCAGCAACAAUAAUGCAACCAGCAGUGGGACCUCUGGAACCACAGGCCCUCCCAGCAAGGCCAUGUCAGAUGACACAGUGACUGCCAUCUGUUGCGCACUGCAUGAAGUCAUCACCAAAAACAUGGAAAACGCAAAAGCUCUACGUGAUGCCGGUGGCAUCGAAAAACUCAUUGGCAUUGCCCGCAGCAAAGGAGACAAACACUCAGCAAAGGUGGUAAAGGCAGCUUCUCAAGUCCUCAGCAGUAUGUGGCAGUACAGAGACCUGCGCUCUCUCUACAAGAAGGAUGGCUACUCCCAGUAUCACUUUGUGGGCUCUGCCUCAACAAUAGAAAGAGACCGGCAGAGGCCCUAUUCUUCCUCGCGAACUCCCUCGGUCUCUCCUGUAAGGACAUCUCCAAAUAACCGCUCUGCGAGCGCCCCAGCCUCCCCCAGAGAGAUGAUGAGUCUGAAGGAACGCAAGAUGGACUACGAUUCCACGGCAACCAACGCCGGUUUCCAUAGCAACAAAGGAGAGCACACAUCCCGGAAAGACGGCAUGGCAGUUCAAAUUUCCUGUGGGACAUCUACACUGUUCCGAAACUCUUACCUGACUGCCAGCGAUGAUAUCAAGCAAAACCAGGGUCCAGCCCAGCCCUGCGUCGUGCCCCCUCAGCCCCAGCUGGACAGUCCGUCAGCAGCCGUGCUAAAAGACUACGACCCCUACCCUCCCCCUCCCUCCUUCCCCCAGCCUCAGCCACCGCAGCCUCCACCUCACAGCCAGAGCCGGAGCUUUGACGAGGCCUACUACGAGGACCAAGGACCACCGCCACCUCCGCCACCCCAGCCACAGCCACCGAUCCAGGCUCAGGCCCAGCCUCAGGCCCCACCCCAGCAACCUCCAAUCUCCACCGGACCACCCAGGGACCCGCGGGAAGAUCUGCGCAUGCAUCUGGGCCUCAAAUCAACCGGCAACUACGUAGACUUCUACUCGGCCUCUCGGCCAUACAGCGAACUAAACUACGAGACCAGCCACUAUCCGGCCUCACCUGACUCCUGGGUCUAGUUAGACUACAGUGUUGGGGGGCAAGAAAGAGUCUGUGUGUGCUUGUGUGAAAGGGAUUAUUUUUGCAAGACAUCAGCAGUGAUUAUAAGUGGUAUUUUGAAAGCGAUCUUGUAGCCAGUGGCAGGAAAUUUAUGUUCUCUAAAAUAAGUGGGAUAGCAGAGCUGGAUGGGGAUAGGAAGUAAAGUCAGGUCGAGCAACAAAGAGAGACUGCAUGUGCAUGUGAACUUUUUUUUCCAGACCAGUUUAUUUCUUUAAAGUCAGCUCCAUUUCACCAGUGAGUGGAGCUAGUGGAAGUAGAUAUGACAAAGUGUGUUUGACAGUUUGAGCUAAGAGUAGGAAACAGAAUAUAAAAAGAGAGAAAAUGACCAGACGGAUAGAGUAUGCAGAUGUCAAGAGAGAAGAAGAGGGCGCUAGGAUAAAGAAAUAAGCAGCAGUUGAGGGAGCGUUCUUACUCUGUAGGAGCAAAGAGCUGUCUGACCUAAGGAGGAGAUGAGAGACAAAGAUGGCAUGAGGGUUCUUGAAGAGGUCAGGAAGAAUAAAAGCACAGAAAAAGAUGAAAGCACAUCAGGCAACAAGCAAGAAGUGGAUGUUUACCAUUUCACCCAAGUGACAAACGUAGCACUGCUUUUAUCCCCCUUUUUUGUUGCAAUGGCCUUGCCGCCUCCAGAGGCUUCUGAAUUUGUGUUCAAGGAAUGUCAUCUUCAAGAGACUUCUUUUUUUGUCGUCAUUCUUUUACAUCUUUUUUAUUUGUACUUUUCUAAAUUUUCACUUUCAGCAAAACAAAAAGAAACUUUUUAUUUUCUGUGUACAGUAAAAGGUGAUAUAGUGUGUAUAUUACACGUUUUUGAUGGGCCACUUAUACAAACAUAAUUUAUUUUCCAUGACUGACUGCUGACCGAAACAUCAAAAGCAACAAAAAAUAAGCGAAAUGUGAACACGAGAAUCAGACCUGACAGACAUCAUCAGGAUGGGUGUCAGCAGACACUUUUGUUUUGGCCCCCCUUUCCUUUCCCAGGAAGAGAGGAAGCACUGCGAUAUUUGUGUUUUUCUCUCUCCGUCGAGUGAAUUUUGUCAUGGACACAGUAAAGAGCAGUUCAAAGCUGCCAAAGCAUCAGUUUGGCAGAGCAGCAUUGUUCCAGAGUCCCCGUCAACUAAAGUGCUUUUUCACUGCCUAAAGAUUAUAUGUGUAUGUUUAAAGCACACUCUCUGUCUUUGGAAAGGUUUGUCUUUUCACUUUGGGGAAUCUGACAUGUUUGACAAUGUCAACUUUUAGUGGUUUGUCAUCAUCACCUCUGCAUAAAAAAAACCCAAACUGUUUCAAGUUUUUUUUUU